CUUCUUCCCUCCAGUCCGUCGCUAUCAUCUCGCGCGCUCAGACCAUCCCUCUCUCCUCUCCCCUGCCUCUCCACGCACGCCCACCUCUCAUUCACCCCAAACUCUCGCAUUCCACAACUCUCAAUCACUCAAGCGGGAACAGUCGCAGUCUCAUACUUAAGUCGUUUUGUGUAUUUAAAGCGGCGAAGUGUCGGUACCUUUCGAAGACUCAAUAUGCCUUACGAGUUUAGCACCUGGGAUAGGAACUGCGUGGAGGAGCAUGUCACGCCCAUAGAUGGAAGUGUUGCAGGCAACAUCCCUUCGUGGCUCCGCGGUUCCUACAUCCUUAAUGGGCCUGGACGCAUGACUUACGGGGAAAAUGAAUUUAACCACGUGUUCGACGGCUCUGCGCUCCUGCAGAAGUUCAAUAUCACGGAAACUGGCGUCACCUAUACCAGCAGGUUCCUCCGCUCCUACGCCUACACCACCAACCUCGAGCACGGCCAGAUUGUGGUGUCCGAGUUCGGUACUACGGGCAAGUCGGUCACCAAGAAUAAGUUGGCCAAGUUGAGUGACAAGUUUGCGUUCGACAAGAUGUUCUCAGACAACGCACCCGUAGGAGUGGUGAAGUUUGGCGGCGAGUAUUACUGUAUCACUGAGGCGCCCUUCCUGCACAAGAUUGAUCCCACCACCCUGGAGACCAUUAGCAAGGUUGACCUACACAAGGAAUUAAACAUGAAUUCCCACUGCCCCAACCCCCACGUGCUCCCUGAUGGCAACACCUACAACGUGCUACACAUGGUGGGACCCACAGGACCUAAGUACGACAUCGUCAGCUUCCCCCCCACGCCGCAGGAGGGAAAGAGCAACGUGUUCGCCAAGCCCAAGAAGGUGGCGUCUGUGGAUGCCCGCUGGAAACUGAACCCUUGCCACAUGCAUUCCUUUGGCAUGACUGAAAACUAUUUCAUCCUCCUGGAGCAGCCCAUGACCAUCGACGUGAAGGCAAUGGUGGCCAACACGAUCAGGGACAAACCCUUCAUUGGAGGCAUGGAGUGGAUGAACAACAAGCUGAUCAAGAUUCACCUGGUGCACCGCGAAACGGGCAAGGAAGUGAAGCAAAAGAUGAAGUGCGAUGCAUUCUUCUUCAUGCACAUCAUUAACUGCUACGAGCAAGACAACCACAUCGUCAUUGAUGUGAAUGGCUAUGCUGACACCAAGUUCCUCCACGCCCUUCACCUCAAGAACAUCAGGGAGAACCCCAACCUCGGGAAUGAGAUGGAUGGCGGCAAUCUCAAGAGGAUCGUCGUGCCGCUGGAGGUGAACGAAAAGGCAACACCAGAACUCAACCUGGUGAUGAUCGGCGGCAGCAAGGCAAGGGCACACCGACAGAAGGACGGCUCUUUGCUCCUCACACCAGACAACAUCACUGACUUCUCCUACGAAAUUCCCACACUCAAUCCCUCCUUCCUCAGAAAGAAGUACAAGUAUUCCUACGGCACCAAGGGGGACAUGAAGACCACCAUGGGCAAGUUCGGCAAGGUGGAGCUGGACACGAAGGAGGUGAAGGACUGGGGUGAGGAUGGUAUGUACGCCUCUGUGUCGUGCUUCGUGCCCAAACCAGGAGCCACGGCUGAGGAUGACGGCGUGGUGAUCGGAACAGUUCUCCACAGCAGCGAUAAGUCGAAGGUGACACUCGUGGUUCUGAACGCCGCGGAUAUGACAGAGCUAGCACGCGCUUCCUUCACCACAGCCUCACAAGUGCCACGCUCCCUCCACGGUUGCUUCCUGCCCGCCUAGACUCUUCUCACUCGCGUGAAGUGGUUUAUAAUCCUCUGCUUCACUUUCCGCGUUUUGUACGGGGUCAUCUUUAGUGUUUUCCUGCAGUGUUAGUGUUAUUUCAUUGUCUGCGUAAAGUAAAAGGUUUAGUUCAUUGUC